GGUGGGGGAGUCAUCGCCAUCCUCCUGCAGAGCAUGACAUCACUAAGGCAGCUGUACGCCAUGAACAUGGAUGUACACUCUCGCUACCGCACAGAAGCCCAUAAUGUUGUGCCAAGGUUCAAUGAACGGUUCAUCCUGUCUUUGUCAUCGUGCCCCAUGUGUGUCGUUGUGGAUGACCUGUUGCGCAUCUUACCUAUUUCAUCGCAUUUGAGGGACCUGCAGCCUGUGCCUGCUGUGACAUCCUCAACACCACUGUCACCCAACGACCAGGAAUUGAAGGACCUCAAGGAGUCCCUUAAGGAGAGUCCUCCUGUGGGGCUCCUCAUUGAGCUUUGCAAGACAUUGGACCAGGCUAAGUCUGUAUUACAAUUUGUGGUAGCCAUCACAGAAAAGACACUGCGCACGACAGUCACGCUCACAGCUGGCAGAGGACGAGGGAAAUCUGCUGCCUUAGGGCUAGCCAUGGCUGGUGCCAUUGCCUUCGGGUACUCAAACAUUUUUGUCACUUCUCCGAGCCCUGAGAACUUGAACACCUUGUUUGAGUUUGUGUUAAAAGGUCUCAAUGCCAUGGGUUAUGAGGAGCACCUUAGCUACCAGGUUCUGCGCUCUACCGACCCCCAGUUCAACAAGUCUGUGAUGAGGGUUACAGUCACCAGGGAAAGACGGCAGAUUAUCCAGUACAUUGCUCCAGGAGAGAGCAACUGCCUGGGCCAGGCUGAACUCGUUGUCAUAGAUGAAGCUGCAGCCAUUCCCUUGCCACUUGUCCGCAAGCUCUUGGGGCCAUACUUAGUGUUCCUGUCCUCAACCGUGUCAGGCUACGAAGGCACAGGAAGAUCUCUUUCUCUAAAGCUGAUUGACCAGUUGAGGUCACAGGCCAAAGCAAGCAGUGCAAAUGCAGAGAAUGGGGACAGUAACACCAAAUCAACGGAAUUAGGAAGAGUUCUGCAUGAGGUGACACUGGAGGAGAGCAUCAGGUACAAGAGUGGCGACCCAGUGGAGAAGUGGCUCCACGAUCUUCUCUGCUUAGAGGCUUCCCUACCGCAGGCCCCCACCACCAUGCCCCCGCCCAGCCAGUGCCAGCUCUUCUAUGUCAACAGAGAUACUCUCUUUGGAUAUCAUAAGGUUUCAGAAAAGUUCCUGGCACAAGUGAUGGGUCUUCUGGUAUCCUCACAUUACCGCAACACACCUGAUGACCUCCAGACACUCUCUGGCCCCGCCCAUCAUCUUUAUGUCCUGCUGCCCCCACAAGACAUGGCCAAGGGAGACACUCUACCACCUGUCCUGACAGUUGUACAGGUGGCGCUGGAGGGCAAGGUGUCCAAGGCCUCGGUGAUGUCAGCCCUUGCUCAAGGGGUUAAGCCCUCGGGUGACCUUGUCCCCUGGACUGUCAGCAACCAGUUCCAGAACUAUGAUUUCCCGCAGCUGUCUGGGGCACGUGUCAUUCGUAUUGCCACGCAUCCCAGCUUCCAAGGGGUGAGUCCUGCUUUCAGGUGUCGACAAUGUCACGGGGAACAUACCAUCAUCAUGCUGAAGGUUCUUGGGGAGAGCAAGGAAGCACGAGGGGAGUCAUGGCUGGCUGACUUGUGGUUCGACUUUAGGAAGAGGCUUGUUGCUCUGUUGGGCUGUGCGUUCAAGAGCUAUGACUGCAAAUUCGCCCUCAGUAUCAUGAGCAGUAGCAUUUACAAGAGGAAAGGGGGAGUGCCAAGUUUAUCGGAACUGGACCUGUACAUGACCAACGGAGAUCUUCAACGGUUAGAGGAAUUCCUCCACCACCAGUGCGAGGCUCCAUUGAUUGCAGACAUCCUGCCCUCCGUUGCAAGGCUCUACUUCCUCUCCAAGAUCCCAGACUUUAAGCUAAAGCCAGUGAAAGCAGCCAUCUUUGUGCGGAAUUGGCAUCCAGAGGAAAACUCCGAAAGUAGUUGCAACUGAGCUUGGCGUUGAACCAGGCCUUGUCUUCGGCCAAAUGCGUGAGCUAAUAAAUGACAUCACAAAGUAUAUG